AUAAAAACGGAAACUUAUUCUUAAAAUAAUUUGUUAUAUUGAUUAUUUUCACCUUACGACGUUAAAUUCCACUAUUAAAUAGCAUUAACAGAUCAUUUUCUGUUCAAAACAAACCACCAAAGAUAAGGUGGGAGAUAUAAAACAUAGGAACCAGAAUUGAAGAAGAAGAAACAAGAAUUCUUGAUUAUUUCUUCUUCUUCUUCUCCUUCUUCUUCUUCUUUGUGUGUUCCGACAAUGGGUGCCCAGGUUUCAAAACAGGUUGGAAGAAGAAAAUCAAUUAGAACUGAGAAGAAAGUUUUGACCGAAAUGAAACAAAGCAAUGGAUCUGAGUUCCCAGGUUCAGACUACCAUCCUUCGGACAGGAAGAACUGGAUGUCGGGUCUGAAUCCCGAAAAAGUUCAAAUCAACCAGAUUGUCUGGCCCGGUACGCAUGAUUCUGCUACGAAUAAGAUUGGAUUCCCAUUUGUAACACGCCCUUUUGCGAAAUGCCAAUCUCUCUCAAUUUACCAACAGCUUGUAACAGGGGCCAGGGUACUCGAUAUCCGGGUUCAGGAGGAUCGUCGGGUCUGUCAUGGCAUACUCGUUACCUACAGCGUCGAUGUUGUGAUUGAGGAUGUUAAGAAGUUUCUAUCGGAGACACAGUCAGAGGUUAUAAUCCUCGAAAUCCGAACUGAAUUUGGACACGAUGAUCCUCCUUAUUUUGAUAAUUACUUGGAGGAUCGGCUAGGUGAGUAUCUUAUACCACAAGAUGAUCGAGUAUUUGGGAAGAAAAUUUCUGAAUUACUGCCUAAGAGAGUUAUCUGUGUGUGGAAACCGAGAAAAUCACCUCAGCCAAAGGAUGGUGGACUGCUCUGGAGUGCCAGGCAUUUGAAAGAUAACUGGAUCGAUACUGAUUUGCCAUCGACGAAGUUUGAGAGCAAUAUUAAGCAUUUGGGCGAGCAGCAACCGGUGACAGCUCGGAAAUUCUUUUACAGGGUCGAGAAUACUGUCACUCCACAGGCGGAUAACCCGAUACUGUGUGUUAAACCUGUUACAGAUCGGAUUCAUCCGUAUGCAAGGGUGUUUAUAUCACAGUGCUUCUCUCGGGGCAUUGCUGAUAGGUUGCAGAUAUUCUCAACGGAUUUCAUAGAUAAGGAUUUUGUCGAUGCUUGUGCUGGGCUUACAAAUGCAAGGGCCGAAGGAAAGGUUUGAAUCAAGCUCGAGUUAGAUCAUUUUCUACUAGUUUGUGGAAAUUGUAAAUCAUUGUUGUCAAUAAAUUCAUUGUUUUAACUAUUCAUUUCAUAUGACCUGUAUGGUACAGAAACUCGUUAAGACUCCUUAGCGAUAAGAACAUACUGCUCAAGUCAAGUCUCUACUAUGUACCAAGCAUGCACGGUGUGUGGAUAGUAUUUCCGCGUGUUAUCUUUGUUAUGUGUGUCACUGUGUGUAUAAUUUGUGCAUAGAGAUGUUACAAUCUGGAUGAAUAAAAACUGGACAUUCUGCCAGGA